AUGGACCGCGGCGAUGAGAAGAAAGAGUUGCAGCUUCAGUUUGAAAUACUACAGAAACGGCAAGAGAAAAAAAAGCUGAAUAGAAGAAAAGCUAAAGGAGCACAUAAGCUUAACGUCAAAGUUACAAAGGAUGAUUCGGAUCAGUUGAAGGAAGAAAACCUGCCUGCAAACGACAAUCAGAAUUUGCUUGAGCAGCUGAGAGAGCUACAAGAUGUAAAUGGUCGUCUCUUCAAACUUCUCGAAGAAAAGGAUUUUGAAAUGAAUCACCUGAAGAAGAAAAGAGAAGAGGAACGCUUGGCCUUAGCAGGCACAUCAGACUUGGCUGGAGACACAGCAGCCACCAAGAUUAUUGAGCUGUCAAAGAAGAACCGAGAGCUGAGUGCUGAGGUCGAGCAAGAAAAGAUAAAGUCAAAGCAAAACAGCAACAAAAUCAAAGAGCUUGAGAAAGAGGUGGAAAAUCCAGCAGUGAAAUCUCUGCAGGAAAAAUUAGCUGCAUCCCAGCUGAAAGUGGCUGAAUAUCGAAACCAGAUUCAAGCCGUCAAACAGGACUUAAAAGUUGCUCAAAAGGUUAUAAUCAGUGAGGUUGGAGAGCAGGUCAACUUUCAGCAAUUACUGAGCUCCAAGGGCAGCUUUACAGGUCGCGCUCAACUGGUUCUGGCUCUGCAGACGAGGGUGCGGGACCUCGAGCAGCAGCUGAAGCGGUCAACUCGGCAGCAACAGCCAAGUGUCGAGACAGAGGAAAAGUCUCUGGGCUCAAGGGUCCCUCUGAAAACCAAUCCUCAGCAGAGGAACCUCAGCUACAUCCGCAAAAUCGAGAAUGGGAAGCAGAAGGAGUUUGAGAGGAUCUCGGUGGAACAUGAAGACUUCCAGAAAGAAAACUCAGAUUUGAAGAAAAAGAUGGAAGCCUCAAAAGCCAGGAUCAAAAAUGUGUCUAAUGAAAUGAAUACUCUGAAGGUUCAAGUUUCCACCCUGCUGAUGAAGGGUAAACAUGAUGAUGAGCUGGUAGAGUCUUUGCUGAAAAGGCAGGCCCAGAUGCAGGAGGCGCUCAGCAAACAGCAGAACAAUUACAUCCAGCAGAUCCACCAGAGCCAGCAGAUCCACCAGAGCCAGCAGAACCAGCAGAUCCAGCAGAACCAGCAGAGCCAGCAGAGCCAGCAGAGCCAGCAGAACAGCGAACUUGCAGUGCAGAACGCUCACCUGAAGAAUCUUCAGGAGGUUGCUGCUGAGAAAGCUGCGAUCCAAAAAUUACAACAAUUCCAGCGUUUCCCCUUUGAGAGGAUUUUGAGGGGAUAUGAGGAACUCCAGAAAGAAAACUCGGAUUUGAAGAAAAACCCGGAAGCCUAA